AUGGAGAAGCAACCAGUGACUCAUGUACUGAUCAGUGAUGAUCAAGGGAUUGUUCGUAAGUCAACAAAAUAUCAUCCAAGCGUUUGGGGUGAUUAUUUCAUCCAAAACUCGUCUCUCAAUCUAUUAGAGGAGUCCACUCAAAGGAUGAUAAAGAGAGUGGAAGAAUUGAAAGUGCAAAUAAAGAACAUGUUCAAGGAGACUGAUGAUGUAGUGCAGCUUAUGAAUUUGAUUGAUUCAGUUGAGAUUCUUGGACUAGAUUACCAUUUUGAGAAUGAAAUAAAUGAAGCAAUAAGAUUGAUCUAUCAAGUUGAUGGCAAGAGCUACGGGAUUUACGAAACUUCUCUAAGAUUUCGAUUGCUUAGGCAACAUGGAUAUUAUGUAAAUGCAGAUACUUUUAACAAUUUCAAAGAUGAGAAUGGAAGCUUUAUAUCUGCGUUGAAUGGAGAUGCCAAAGGACUACUAAGCUUAUAUAAUGCGUCUUACCUUGGAACACAUGGAGAGACCAUACUUGAUGAAGCCAUGUCUUUUACAAAAUCUCAACUUAUAUCCUUAUUGAGUGAACUUGAACAAUCUUUAGCAACACAGGUCACUCUUUUCCUUGAGAUACCACAAUAUCGAAGAAUUAAAUUUCUCUUAGCAAGAAAAUAUAUUCUUAUUUAUCAAGAAGAUGCCAUGCGAGAUGACGCCAUAUUAGAACUUGCAAAGUUGAAUUUCAAUUUACUUCAAUCUCUUCAUCGAGAUGAACUGAAGAAAAUUUCAAUAUGGUGGAAUGAUUUAGCACUUGCUAAAUCUCUAAAUUUUACUCGUGAUCGAGUUGUGGAAUGUUAUUAUUGGAUUCUUGCUAUGUAUUUUGAGCCUCAAUAUUCUCGUGCACGAGUGAUUUGUUCCAAAGUGAUUUCUCUUCUCUCAAUUAUGGAUGAUAUCUAUGAUAACUAUGGCACAUUGGAAGAGUGUACACUGUUAACUGAGGCAAUCAAAAGGUGGAAUCAUCAAGCUGUUGAUUGUUUACCAGAAUACCUGAAAGACUAUUAUCUCAAGCUAUUAAAGACUUGUGAAGAAUUUGAAGAAGAGUUGGAACUCAAUGAGAAGUACCGUGUGCUAUAUCUUCAAUAUGAAAUGAAGGCCCAAGUGAUAUCUUAUCUUGAAGAAGCUAAGUGGGGUAUCGAGCGACAUGUACCAUCACUUGAUGAGCACUUGCAUAAUUCGUUAAUCUCCUCUGGAUGUUCUAUAAUCUCUUGUGCCUCUUUUGUUGGUAUGGGAGAAAUGGCAACAAAAGAAGUAUUCGAGUGGCAUUCUAGUUUUCCCAAGGCCAUAGAAGCUUGCUGUGUAAUUGGUAGACUCUUGAAUGAUAUAAGAUCACAUGAGCUGGAGCAAGGGAGAGAUCAUGUCGCCUCUACAGUGGAAAGUUACAUGAAAGAGCAUGACACAAAUGCCAAAGUUGCAUGCAAUAAACUGCGAGAGAUAGUGGAGAAAGCAUGGAAGGAUCUAAACAACGAAAGUCUCAAUCUAACAAAAGUACCUCGGCCUAUUUUUGAAAGAGUACUCAACUUCUCAAGAUCAAUGGAAGAAAUAUAUAGGUACAUUGAUAUGUACACCAAUUCUGACACUACGAUGAAAGAUAAUGUGUCUUUGCUGUUGAUUGAACCUCUUCCCAUAUAA